AUGCCAAAACCAGAGAAAGGACACCACGCUUACUGUCAAUAUCAUGUCCUCAGAAAUCGCUUACCAUCUCUGUACUCUGACUUCACGCCCCAAAAGAAGACAAACCCCGACGGCUACGCUGUUAACGUCGCAGCAUGGGAACAAGCACUCAACCGAGCCGCAAAACGCGGCUAUACCUCCUCUCGCGGUGUGCGCGCACGUUCCGGCUCCAAUAUAUCAGCUAAAAGCGGAACAGCAUCUGCUAAACGAAAGAAGACGGACCACCUGAUUCUGCGGACAGAUGAGUCGCUGCUCCGGGAUUUAGAGAGUCCGGAGUGGGGGAGACCCGUAGCUCUGGGCACUGUAUUUGACGAGGCAGUGCGCAAGAGUUCGAUGAUUCCAUUACCAAUCUACAAGACAACUGCUGGGCUUUUGCAAAAGAAGAGUCAGUGGAAGCUAAUUGACCCUGGGGUUUUGAGUCCUUGGAAUGUUAUGAGCUGGGGAGCUCGGCAACUCAAAGGGUUUGUGAUAGGUUCUGAGAGCGAUUCGGCACCAAAGCUGCAGGUGCAGGAGUUGGUCUUGGUAGAAAACCUACAGGAAGCAGCAGACCGAGCAGUUAAGAAAGCAACAGGCAACAACUCAACAAAGCUUGACCUGAUUUACUCUAGAGAGAGCUUUGUUGAAGAAUUUGCAGGCAUACUGAACGACGCUACAGAAUUAUCAGAUGCGGAUUUUGAUGUCUUGUUGCUUUAUUUGUCUCGCGAUAGCGGUGCUAUUGCAUAUGAUGGGAAGACAAUCAAGUUCAAAUCCGCAGGUGAAUCGGGGGAGAUCACCCAACAGGACACAACCAUUGCAUCCAUCAAGACUUUGGUGUCGACAAUGUCGAAACAGGUCACAAGUCUGGAAGCCAAGAUCGCUGAGUUGAAUUCGUCUGCAAAGGCGGCCUUGGCCAACAAAAACCGUAUUUCGGCGCUGUCCGCUUUGCGCUCUAAGAAGCUGGCUGAACACAACCUCCAGCAAAGGUUCAACACCCUCAUGCAGCUCGAGGAGGUUUAUUCCAAGAUCGAGCAAGCGGCCGGCCAGGUUGAGAUAGUACAGGUCAUGCAGGCGAGUACCGGUGUACUUCGCGGUCUGCAUACUCAGAUCGGCGGCGCCGAGAGGGUUGAGGACAUCGUUGAAGAAUUGCGGGAAGAGAUGACCAAGGUAGAUGAGGUCGGAAGCAUCAUUAACGAGGCUGGCCCGGUCAUUGAUGAAGGAGAGAUUGAUGAUGAGCUUGCAGAGAUGGAGAGGAGCGACAGAGAGGCGAGAGAGAAGGAGGAGGCGGCAAUCACCGAGAAAAGGCUUGCCGAACUUGACAGCGCCAAGCAAGCCUCCGACGAGGCCUCCCGCAAAGCACGUGCGGCCAAAGAUGCAGAAGCGGAGUUGGCAGAUAACCUUAUUGACCGGCUCUCUAACAUGUCUGUUGAAGACCGCCCGAUGCAAGCAAACUGA